UACUCCUGCAUGAGUACUGAGCAUACACCAGCUCUAUCGCUGAGGAAUUGUGGACAUAGCCUAUGCCUGGCUUUUCAACAGUCAGUGAUCCAACUGCAUGGAAUGCGCCGGUCAUUCAGUCUGGUUGAUUUUGUUUAUAUUUGUUUUUGAUGUCCGUCACUCGGAUUAACCUCAUCAUCAAAGGACUUUUCGCCGCCCCGUUUCACUUUUUAAAACGUCCCUAUUACAAACUGAAUAACGGAAUUACCGUGGUGCCGUCCCUGGAAGGAUUGCGAAACGAAAUGCGUGCCAGUGGAUACUUUACCGCGUCUUGCAAAUCUUUGACUGUGAUGUCGUUCAGACUGCUCUUCCUUCUCCCCGCAGGUUUGCCCGUCUACAGUCAAGGGGAUUCCCAGUCCGAUAAUAAAGUAAUGGACAAUAUUACCGUCAGGCAAGGAGAGACCGUGCUUCUCAGUUGCUCGCAGGGAGACGUGGUGACACACUCGGCAUGGCUGAACAGAUCGAGUAUAAUGUACGCCGGGGAGGACAAGUGGUCCGUGGACCCACGGGUCAGUCUGGUCACUCUUAACCAGGACGAGUUCACAAUAAAGAUCGAGAAUGUGGACAUGACAGACGAAGGCCAGUACAUAUGUGCCGUGCAGACGCGCAGCAGGGCUACAACAACAUCAGUUCACGUCAUUGUGCAAGUACCCCCGAAGAUCACAAGCUUGUCCAAAGACGUUGUGGUGAAUGAGGGCUCCAAUGUUAGCCUGGUCUGUUCUGCCAGUGGAAAGCCAGAUCCCACCGUCAGCUGGAAGAUCAUCUCCCCAGCAGCCCAGAGUCUCACGUCAGAGGACGAGUUCCUGGAGAUUCCGUCUGUCUCCAGGCAACGGGCUGGGACGUACGAGUGCACGGCCAUGAAUGACGUGGCCACAGACGUUCAGACGGUGGAGUUAACGGUCAACUAUGCUCCAACUGUGUCCGAUGGCAAAGACGUGGGUGUGACCCUGGGUCAGCAAGGCGUUCUGCAGUGCGAAGCGGACGCCGUGCCACCACCGGAUUUCGAGUGGUACCGAGACGACAGAAGAAUCUUCAAUGGCUUUGACGGUAUUGAGAUUGAAGACAGUGGAGCGCUUUCAAAGCUGACUUUUUUCAAUGUCUCCGAGGGCGACUAUGGCAACUACACUUGUGUUGCCAUCAACAAGCUUGGCAGUGCAAACACAAGCAUCGUACUGUUUGAGGUAAUUGAGCCCACUAGCUCAACACUAUUGCAAGGUCUGUUUUCAGAAACGACCUCGACUCUUUUAGAACAGACAGGCUUUGAAAGCCAUACAGUGUUGGAAGGACCCGGAGCAGUGCAGGAUGGGAACAGUGCUUCGAGAGCGGGCCACACAUCAACCUGCCUACUGGUGCUCCUGGCUCUGCAGCUCCUCCUCAAGUUUUGAUGCUCAAACAGAGUUUGUUUUCCCCGGGGGCAGUAAUCAUAUGUUAUCGAGUGUUAUUCUCUAACCCUGAUACUGUAGCAGUCGCAGUGGUUGCUCAAAACAAAGAGAGAGAGGAAGAAAGAAAGAUAGAUUUGGCCACCCGAUUUGAAAUUGAAACAAAAAAAAUGUUAUGCAGUAAAAUUGUUAGUGUUCAGUUGGAUAAUUCUCACGUGUUAUGUUGUUUUCCCCCCUUUUUCCAAUCUAUAAUCUUAUGUAGGUAUUUGUUUGUUCUAUAACUAAAAGUUAAAACAAGGUUUUUGCAUAAUUGAAUUUGUGUACAAAAUGACUAUGGAUUGAUCAACUGGCAAAGGCGAAUUAUUUAAUCACGAAAGUUUAAUGUGUUGCACCAAACAGUAUGUACUGUACGUCUUAACAAUCAUUCUAAGAUAUUUAGAAUGUAGAAUGGAGUUGAUUGAGUUGAUUUUACCAAUAGGGUUUGUAAAUUAUUACACAUUAAUUUUAAUUGUGCUAUAUUUUUAGCAUUGGGUGUCAUGCAUUUUUUAAAAAUUCUUAAUAACUGGCUGCAGUCAGUUUGCCCAUUGCAACUAAAAGAGAUAACCUAAUUUGCAGCACCUAAAGAUACUGCAAUGAUAACAUAUCAUGCAUGGGAAGGCUGAGAAUAUCUUGUUGGCAAAGUACAUUUAACAUUGUAUUUUUCUUGUAAAUUAUUGCAAGAGGGUUUUUAUGUUUUAUUUUCUUUUUUUUUUCUGUUAUGGUGGAACAUUAUUUUACAAUGUAUUUAAGGUUGAUGUGUGCAUAGAUCCAUAGUUCACAAAGAACUAACUAUUGUUGUCAUCUCAGGGCUUUGGGAUCAGGUCCAUUCCAAGAGUAACAUACUGUAUUGUUUUUCACUAUGUGGAUCCCGCAAAACGAGCCCAAAGAAUUAGACAUUAAUAGAUGGCUUAAUACUGUAUAGGCUAGUACCACUCAGUAUUACACUUAUUAAUGCACACUGUAACAUAAGAACAAAUGUGUAUUUCAGUUGACCAUAUUUAUAUGAGGGUUUUCUUUUUCUUUUUUGGGGAAAUAAUAAAAACAGUGAAGCAUAUGUCAUCUAAGCCCAAUUAAAACUGUGCAGAAAUAUGCAAGACUUCUGGGCUCAUUUUAAGAUGCAUCUUGUACCAUUGUUAUGCAACAGAACUUUUAGGUUUAGUGUUCAUUCCUCUGUUUGAAAUUAAGUAAUGCAUCUCUCUCUAUAUAUAUGUUAGAAUUCAGUUGGUGAAAAGUUGAUGCACAGUACUGUAUGUCACAUCAAAAACAUCCUACGCAUUUCAUAAGCAUAAUUCUUACAGAAUCAGAGGGGUUCUUAUAGCGCAAGUAGCUCACACACGCUACUGAAAUCUAUGACUUAAUGGAUUGUCUUCAUUUCUAAAAGGUGUGUUUUUACCAUAUGUUGAGACCAGACACUCCAUCUGUCACAACUGAAACUACACACCGUGUUGUCCAACAAUUAUCAGUAAGGUUUUAAAUCAAAGCAAGCAUUCCUGACAGCAAAAUAACAUAUACUAUUUUUUAGUUUUCUUCAGCAACUUUCCCAUAAUUUCUGAAGUUCGAAUUAUGAAGUUUCUAUUUUAGUAGUGCUGUUUAAUGAAACUUCUUGUCAUUCCAAGCACAAACAUUUUGGUAUUACCACUUGACACCAGUGGACUCCUUCCUACCAAUCAGAGGGCACUUAGAUUAGCACUGAAACAUGCUAGUUCUUCUGAAAUACCAAUCAAAUGCUUUAGCAUUCCUUCAACCACCCAUCUCACCAUGGGAAUGCUUAUGGUACAUAUACUGUAUAUCAAAUAUACAGCACAGAGAAUAAAAACAAACCUCUAUGAGAAACGUGACUGGACCCACAAGAAAGGCCUCCCCAAGGUUGUUGGCAGCUGGGGGAAAUUAGCUUGACUGACAGAGUCCCCUGUCUGUGUCUGAACAUCACACAGAAGCAGGCUCUUAGGAACUGACAGACCUGUGGGCUCCCAAACCACAUUCAUGGAGGUAAAUUUGAUCUGGUUGUUUGUCAAAAAAAAACAGAUCCACCAAAAAGCCGCAAUUACAUGUGAAGGCUGAGGUGUCCCAGUGAUAAAUCCCUGCGGUGUUUGCCAACAAAUCAGAGUGUAGAUUACUAGCUGAGACGACGUGAUGCCUGACAACCCUUUUUUAUGUUCAGACCAAUGUGCAUAGCGCCAUAUAUGUUUGUGUGAAGGACCUAUAAAGUAAAAUAAUUGCAAAGGGAAACAUACAGUACAACAAGGAUACCAUUUGUACUCUUCUGGGUGUAUAUUUGAGACUUAGGGUGCAGUCAUGCACGUCCCACUUCACUGAGAGUCAGCAGCCAUUUUUAAUUGCAUCAACUUCACCAUACAGCUCAUGUUAAGGGUAUAAACAGCACACCUCUAGUCACCUAAUCAGAUACAUACACGUGGGGGGCAAAGGCUAAAUUAUAAAGUACCCUUUUGCAGAUUUUCCAAAGUGAAGAUAUUUGAUUCCCUGUAAUGUAAAUUGAUUGUUGUUUCAUGUUUUUUCUCUAUGAAAACUGUGUGUUCAUAUUUAAGACUGACAACAAUAAAAUGUUCUAUCUA